AGAGCAUUGACCACGCGAAAUACCAGUUUCCAUGGCAACGACACAGAGCUCCAAACGUAAACACAAAACAUUGAAAAUGUCUGAUGACAGUCGAUGUCAGAGUCUCGUGAUGCUCGGACGUGUGAUCGUCCGAUUAAAAAAAUGACGCCGAGACAAAAAAUACCGCACGCGGUACAGCGUUAUUUAUUUUUUGUUAAUAAACUUCAAGAUUUUUAAUUCACCGACAAAGUUACCAGCUCAAAGUUCACAGCUUUAUAACAUCGAAAAUACUCAACGCACUUGAUCGAUUUCAAUGUGCAUGAAUUCAAACUCAACCAAAUUCUCAAGUGUGCCAGAAAUUCACUGUUUUUUCUCGUAAAAAUGGACAAAAGUGCGAUUGACGAAGGGGCUGUCUCGUUGUCGAAUGGGUUGAGGAACAAAUUGCCACCUUGGCUCGUAGAAAUGUCCGAAAAUGUCCGGAAGUUGAAUCGACGAGAUGAAUACAGUUCGCUGCCCGUUCAGACGUUCAAUUUGAACGACAGUUUGUCAGAAAAUUCGUACAAUUCGUGUAGCGAAAUCAGUAAAAAAGAGGAGGGAAGCGAUAAUUCAUCAAUCUUCAAACUUGGUAAAUUGAAGGGCAUCGACGACGAUUUGGUAUCAAAAACAUUUGCCAAAAAUCCUCCAUCCUUGAACGAUGAACGAGCAAACGUUUCGAAUGAGUUCAGCCAUGAAAUACCAGAAAUGAAAACAGAAUUGCUCAUAAGGGGCUGUGGACUCGAAGACCCAGGAAAAGGAGAUCGUCGCCUCGGCCUCGGCCCAGUCGAGUACUAUCCUCAAUCGCGAAUAAAAUGGGACGAAAAUAAUACGAAAAGUAAGACAAAAACUCGCAGAAUGAAAUCGUCCGAAUGGCGACCCUUCAAAAUGAUCGAUUCCCGGGAUAUCUUGACCGACGAAUCACGCUUGGAAAGAGAACGAAGGGAAAGAAGAGCCUCCCUGUGGGAAAUGAAGUACGAUCAAAGCAACGAAAUAUCUGUCGAACCGAUUCGGAAUAAUUUCAAUGGAAAAACAUCAGAAAAACUCGAAGACGUUGUUCCCAUAGGUGUCGUCAGAAGAAAACUCGACUACUUGGCUGGAGUUGUACCUCGUGAAAAAAUUCCAGGAGUCGAUGACGAAUUGAGAGAAGGUUUAGGAAAUCUGAUCCUCGAGGGAUCACGGAUAAAUCCCAUGGAAAAAUCUCGUUCGAAUAAUAAUAGGAAUGGAAAAAGUGCCAACAAAACAUUGACCCCUAGUAAGCAGCUGUAUCACUACGAGCGCUAUCCGCCAAAAGAUAGUGGUCAUUACAAGGAAUUUAUUGUCCCUGAAUUGCCGAGGGGCAGACAAUUGACCCUUGAUAUUUUGAGCACUUGGGGCGACAAACAUUUCGUUGGAUUGAGUGGCAUUGAAAUUUUCUCUGCCACUGGCGAACCCACAAUUGUCAGUGAAAUACACGCAGAUUUCGAAAAAUCAAAAGAUAUUUCGGAGUACAUAAACGACGAGAGAAGAGUUGGAAACCUAAUUAACGGUGUGAAUCGUACGAGAGACGAUUUAAAUAUGUGGCUCGUUCCGUUCACCGAGGGAAAUCAUCAUUACGUUCACAUGACCUUUCGCGAUCUAGUCAACGUGGCUCUAAUUAGAAUAUGGAAUUACAAUAAAUCGAGGAUUCAUUCUUACCAAGGUGCCAAGCAUGUCUUGCUCAUACUCGACGACGUUUUGAUAUUUGACGGGGAGAUAGCUCGAGCCUCUGGUGAUAUAAUUGGCAGCAUCGAUACAUUUGGUGACACCAUACUGUUUACGACCGACGAACAGAUUCUCGAAUCGAUAUCCGAAAACGAUGAAUCUUUUUUGUCGACGGAUGAGAAAUUUGGAAGUUCGACGGAAAGAGAAAUCGAAAGACCCAUCACAGGAGCUACGGAUAUCAGUAACCGAUUUGCGGAUGACGACAAUCCUACCUCGGAUGAUAAGCUGAGCGAAACGAGCGCGAGUGAAAAAAAUACAAUGUCGAUUGCCUGUAAGGAGAUAAAACUCGUAUUUUUAUCGAACUGGGGAAAUAACGGCAUGAUCGGUCUCAAUGGCAUUGAAAUUAUCAACGACGAAUACGUUCCUGUGAGCUUGUCUCGAGCUCAUUUGGAGUGCAAUCAAAGCAAUGAUAAUAUAAUGCGACUCGUGGACGGAAACUACUUGACCACGGAUCAUAAUUACAUGUGGUCGAUCAAUUAUGGAAUGGAUAGAAAAGUUCAAUUGACAAUCAGCUUCAACGUCGAGACUUAUCUUACCGGGAUAAGAUUUUGGAACUACAAUAGUUCCAUGGAUCUGUCAUUUUGUGGGGUGAAGCAAGUGCUCGUUGAAUUGGAUGGCAAACCCCUGUUCGACAAGGAUUUCGGAGGCUUUACACUGAGGAGAGCUCCAGGCCACUGUCAAUACGAUUUUUCUCAGGAAAUUAGCUUCAUCAAUAGGCCCGCAGAGUAUUCUUCAGGUGCAGCUGUUUCGAGUCCUCGAGAAAAUAAAUUAUUUGCUGAAGAUGCAGAUUCAACGAACAUCGAUUACGAAGCUCCUGCAAUGCCUCAGGGUUUUGUAUAUCAAAUAAUAAUAUUCUCGACGUGGGGAGAUCCUUAUUACGUGGGUCUUAACGGUAUUGAAAUUUUCGAUUCGGAUGGGAAACAAAUUGAGUUGACGAAAGACAACAUAGCAGCUCAUCCUGAAAGUGUAAACGUGAUCGAAGGGAUAGAGAACGAUAUUCGUACACCAGAAAAACUUAUCGAUGGCAUAAACAAUUGCGACGACGGACAGCAUGCUUGGCUCGCCCCAAUUUUACCUGGAGAAACGAACCGAAUUUACUUGAUUUUUGAUACUCCUGUGAGGGUGUCGGCGAUAAAAUUAUGGAAUUACAUGAAAACGGGGCAGAGGAGAGUGAAAGAAUUUGGUAUUUUGGUGGACGAUCUUCUGGUGUACAACGGAAUUCUCGACGUGAAUUGUCCUCAUGGCAUCGUUUACUUCAACAACGAAAAUAACAAUACGCAUAAACAAGAAUGUGGAUCACAGUGCUCGAAUCAGGACAUUCGGUUAUUGAAUAUGGAACGGAGCGCAACAUCAGCCGGCGACUUUACUCCUGAUCCGUAUUUACGCCCCCACACUUCUCUGCCACGUCAAUCGAAUUAUCAUCGUUCUGCAUGAGACAUCAGGGCUCAUAGCUUUUAAUUUCUUAUCGGUUUAGCGUCUGUGUCGUAAAGAAUUUUUUAUUGUGUACAAUAAAAGUGGAAAAAUGAAGAAAAA